GGGCGCUAAAGCCUCCAAAAAGGGGGAGCGCUUGAGACCAUUUGCACAUGUGGUCUUGGAAGUUUGAUAGGAAACUUGAAAACACUUGGGCAUGAACCGAAGCCCUUUUGAAGCCAGGAAAAAGCGUGGCGGUGUAGUCACGUGCGAACUCGUGAUAUGUAUAUGUAUGCAUGUGUUGCGUAAACAAAAGUGUGGGGUGUGUCAUGUUGGGUAUGACGUGCUAAUCAGCUAAUCAUUCCGUUGCAUCAGGUCCAGAUGCACAAGCCAUGUUUAUAACAAUUUAUAAUAUAUAUAUAUAUUACAGUAAAUUGUAUAUAUAGGGAGGAAUGAGGAAAGCACACAAUUUCUAUUUUAACAUGCAGAGUGCGUGGAGAAAGGCAUACUCUAUACUGAAAAGAGUAGAUGUAUGCAUGGACAGCUCCACGCAGCCUUGGUAUCACAUCCAACAUCCUCCAGUUGGCCUCGGGCAACAUGUCUUCUCCCACUUGUGCUUCUUCAUGCCUACAGGACGGCGGGUGGACACAAAGCUUAGGGCUGUCGCUGGGGCUCUCCAGCCAGAAAGGCCGAAAACGCAGAUCCUUAAGGGAUGCUGAAGCCAAGAUGGAGCCAACGGAGCCAGCAGGUCCAUGGCCGAGCACAACCAUCCAGGAGGUUAGCCGUAGAGGUUCUGUUAGUCCUCAAAGUCAAUUGCCGAACACCAGAGAUCUUUAAUGCAUACAGUGAGCUGGCCAGGUCAUAAAGUGAUUGGCGCAAACACGUGAACGGAG